CCGAUAAGUCGACAACUCCUCAACGCACAAUCCCUCUCCGUGCAAAACUCGACAACAAGCCGAUACAAUGGCCCCCGCUAACAAGAAAGCUGCCGCCAAGGGCACCAAGCAGGCCAACGCCGCUGCCAAGGCCGCCCUCAAGGGUACUCACUCCACCAAGAACCGCAAGGUCCGCUUGACCACCUCUUUCCACCGCCCCAAGACUCUGGUCCUGUCCCGUGCUCCUCGCUACCCCCGCAAGGCCAUCAACCACACUCCCCGCCUUGAUGAGCACAAGAUCAUCAUCCACCCUCUCAACACUGAGAGCGCCAUGAAGAAGAUGGAGGAGAACAACACCCUGGUCUUCAUCGUCGAUGUCAAGGCCAACAAGGCCCAGAUCAAGCUGGCCCUCAAGAAGCUCUACGACAUUGACACCGUCAAGAUCAACACCCUGAUCCGCCCUGACGGCUCCAAGAAGGCCUACGCCCGCCUGACCCCCGAUGUCGAUGCCCUCGACAUCGCCGCCAACAAGCUGUCUCUGGUUUAAGCAGGAUAAUUUGUUGAGAGAGAGGUCGUUUUUUCUUUAGUCUUUUGACAAUUUCUUUUCUUUUUUCUCGGCAACGGAAUUUGGUCUGGUCUUGAAUGCGUGCACAACCAAUAAAAGCAUGGGCAUCGGAAACUUAAGGGAGUUGAAGCUUUGUCACUUAUCGGAUCGAAAUUAUGAUACUAUAUGCAAAGACAAACCCGGUCCAUCCACGUACCGAAUUUCGGGGAAAUUAAGGGAGAAGAAAAUAAAUGAAGACGGGGAGGUGAUGACAAAAAUUCCAAUGCUCGCUCUG